UUUAUUAUAAUUCCAUUUCGAUACCUCCAUAACGAUGGACAUGAAAACACGUGCUCUCGCUGAGAUUUAUAAAAGCUUAGAACUGUGCAACUAUUGCACCCGGAUGAUCGGGCUUUCGUUCACUGAGGCGGUGGCGAGUAGCGCGUGGGCGCGCGUGCGGAGCGGCGCGCUGUUCGCGGCGUCGGCGCUGGCCGUGCUGCUGCUGGUGGCGUGUGAGAUCACCUACGUCGCCGGCCUCGUCGUCAAUACCACGUCCGUCGCGGAGUUCGUGUCCAGCUUGCAUAUUGUUGGAUACGGUACGAUGGGCUUAUGUAAACUUCUUACUCUGUGGUUCAAACGACAUACGUUUAGAAAAUUGCUGGUUGACUUGGUAGAAAUAUGGCCGGUAACCUGCGAAGAUGAGGAGGAAGACAAAAUUAAGGAAGAAAGCUUAAGAGCACUUCGGUGGGGACAAUCUUGGUACACAUUUUUCAACGUGUUUGGCGUUGUCAUGUAUAACAUAACGCCUAUAGGAGUUCAUCUUUACCGGAAAAUCCAAUAUCAGCCUUCGGAUUUGGGCUAUGUGUGGCACGCGACAUAUCCCUUUGAUAAAACCAAGGAUAUUUAUCACGAGUUUGUCUACGCGUUUGAAGUUUUUUCAGGUACAUCAAGUGUUUGGGGCAUGUUGAGCUCCGACAUGAUGUUCACGACGAUGGCGAGCCACAUCAGCAUGCUGCUCCGCCUGCUGCAGGUGAAAGUGCGGCGAGUGGCCGCCGAUGCGGACCCUGCGCGACACUCGCUUCAUUAUGUCGAUUGCUACGGCGACAUAGUGAAGCUUGUCAAAAUCCAUCAAAGGCUUAUUAGUUACAGAAACGACUUGGAGGAUACAUUCUCAUUUCUCAAUCUAAUUAACGUUCUGUUAAGUUCCGUUAACAUAUGCUGCGUCGUAUUUGUCAUCGUUCUUCUGGAGCCUUGGAUGGACAUGAGUAACAAAUUAUUUUUGGGAGCGGUGAUGACUCAAGUUGGGAUUCUUUGUUCUUACGCUGAUGACGUAUAUCGAGCAAGCGUGGGUGUAGCGGACGCGGUGUACGAGAGCGGUUGGUGGGCCGCCAACGGGCGCGCGCGCUUGGCACUUCUCGUCCUGAUGCAAAGAUCUCAAAGGCCGUUAUAUUUCACAGCUCUGAAGUUUGGUCCGAUUACAAUGGCAACCUAUCGUUCUAUAAUAACGAAUUCUUAUUCUUAUUUUACUCUUUUAUACACGGUUUAUAGAAGUGAUUAAUAUAAGAUAUUGUAAGUUACCACGACACUUUAAUUUAUUAA